AUGUCUUAUUCAUUUCAUCAAAUUUUUGAAAAUACUAUAGAAUCAUUUGAAGAUAUAACUGACUUGUCUGAAAGUUCAACUCAACAAGUUGGAUCAAGACUUUUUGAUUUCACAAUUUCUUUAAUACAUCAACAACAAAUUGAUUCAGUGAUUUUUGUUGGAGAAUAUUAUUUGAAUGAUAGUAACCAUAAUUCUUUGAGUGACAUUAAUGGAAUUUCUUUACAAAAGCAUUCAAUAUUUUCAAAUGAAACGAAUUUUAGUCCAAUAAAUAGCCAUUCCAAAUUAUUUUCUGAGUGCAAUGAUAUUUAUAAACAACCAAAAAAAUGUACUUUUGUACGUGAAUAUUGUGCUAAUCCCUCUUCCUUGGUCAAUUAUUUAAAGUAUUACUUUUGUGAUUUACAAAAUUGGCAAUUUUUUGCGCUGACAACUUUGGCCGGCGUAACAUUUUUGGCAUUUGGAAAUGGAUCACCAGAUGUUUUCAGUACUUUCAGUGCUGUGACACAUGGAUACGGCUCUUUAGCUAUUGGUGAACUUCUUGGAGCAGCAAGCUUCAUAACUUUUGUGGUGGCUGGAACUAUGGCGGUAAUAACACCAUUUCAUGUCACCAGAUUGCCAUUUCUACGUGAUCUAAUUUUUUUCACUAGUGCUAUCUCAUUUACCCUCAUGAUAAUAUAUGACGGAGAAAUUCAUUUAUGGGAAGGCAUCGUCUUGGUCUUAUUUUAUUUUACCUAUGUUGGUGCGGUGUUAUUUGUAGCUUGGUAUGAAAAGAAUGAAAAGAAUGAAAAUGAAGUUUUUGAUGCAUAUGGUUAUGACACAUCCAAUGAAACAGAACCUUUAUUAUCUGAUAAUCGAACUGAUAAUAUUAGUAGUAGGGAAACUUAUAUAGACCAAGAAUCACAAAGAUCCUUAACUCCAACUGAAUUCCAUCAAAAUAAGUCAGGUAGAAGUACAAGAUCAAUACAUCGAGGCGUGAGGCCUUCAUUACUUGGUGCAAUAGAGUUUCGUGAUGAUGUCAAUGCAGGAAGAUUUAGAUUACCUACACGUCACCAUAAUGAAUAUUAUAAUCGUCGACCAAAUAGACAAAUGCGUAGUACAACAAUGCCAUCAUAUAGUUCCAUUAAUGAUAAUCCAAGAAGAAAGUCAUGGUCUAGUUUUGCAGGUCCUGUUAAUCAAUCACUUGUAGAUGAUGAUUUAAACACCCCCCAAAUUAAUAUUAGUGCUCCAACAUUGGCAAAAAUUGAUGGAUCUUCCUCGUCUAGUUUAACCUCCAAUCUAAACAUUACAAAUUCUCAAGAUUCUGGUCUAAAUAAUAACAACGAUAAUGACGGCAACAGAGACAACGAAACAAUAAACAAUUUGAAUGUUCCGCAUCUAAUGGUGACUUCGUCACUGUCAAAUAAAAGAGCUGCUCUUUUGCCUGAAUCAUCAAUACGUUCAUCACCACCCUCAUUGUCACCAAAAGCUCUACCAGUUAAUGAUACUGCUCCAGUAUCUCCUUUGUUUUUAGAAUCAAGAUAUGGGUUAAAUGGUGGAACAUCAUGUACUUCACCUAGUGCAUCACCUUCAUUUCCUCAUGUCACCAAUGACGAAUCAACUUGGUUGACAAAGGUGCAAGAAACUUUAUUUCCUUCAGUUACAGGAUUUUCACAGAAAUCUUUUUUUGCAAAAUUAACAUCAUUAAUGGCCAUUCCUGCCAUCCUUUUGCUUACGCUUACAUUGCCUGUUGUGGAAACAAAUGACCCGACUUCAGAAGAAAAUGAAAACAAGAAUGAAAAUAAUUUAGAACGUCCUUCUAUUGUUAUUGAUAAUGAUGCAAAUACAGGCAUAAGAGAUGUGAAAGAGGAGGAAAGGACAGAUGGUUGGAAUAAACGGUUGACUUCCAUACAAUUUCUAUUUGCACCAAUAUUUAUAUCAAGUGUUUUAUUUGCUGAUGAUGAUUCAAUUGUUACUACUGUAUCAUAUGCUUUCAUUUUUGGAUUGGCUUCAUCAAUCUUUUGUUUUUUAUUUACAGAUAAGAAUAAACCACCAAAAUUUUAUUCAUUACUUUGUUUCAUGGGAUUUGGUGUUGCAAUGGUUUGGAUAUUUCUUAUUGCAAAUGAGGUAGUAGGUCUACUUCAAGCUGUAGGUCUAAUAAUUGAAGUAUCUGAUGCUAUACUUGGACUAACAAUUUUUGCAAUGGGAAAUAGUUUAGGAGAUUUUGUUGCUAAUAUUACUACUGCAAAAAUGGGUUCACCAAUGAUGGCUAUAAGUGCAUGUUUUGGUGGGCCUAUGUUAAAUAUUUUAUUUGGAAUUGGUAUUAGUACAACUUAUACAACAAUUACAACCGGACAUUCAACUAAGAUUAACAUAGAUAUAAAUUUAUUGGUUUCAGUAUUUGGACUAUUAAUUGGAUUAUGUUCAGCUUUAAUUUAUUUGCCUUAUAAUGGUUAUCAUAUGACAAGACCUUGGGGAUAUUAUUUAAUUUCAAUAUAUGUUGUUUGUAUGAUAACAAAUCUCAUAAUAGAAUUCAAUUCUAUGCAUUCAACUCCUGCUGAUAUUGCAUUGGUUUGA